AGAAUUUUAUAUAAAAAACAAAAAAGAGGAGAGGCCCGGUCUGCCGGAGCGGAGGGGUGCCGAUCCCGUCGCCGCCGCUACCCCCUCCUCAAUCGCGAGCAACUCCUUCCGGAUUCGCACCGAGCUUUCGACGAUUUUGAUGAGAUUAGAAGCCUAAACCAUCCGGGCAUCGGUAUGCUGCGGAAGGCCGUCGUCGCCUUCAUCGCUUGCGCCGCCCUGUACCUCGCCUUCUCCGCCUACUCCCGGCGCCAGAGCAUUGCAGAGGUUCAAUUACCAGCAGUUACUCACAGGGUCUACCUAGAUGUAGAAAUUGAUGGCCAACACAUAGGUAGAAUUGUUAUUGGUCUCUAUGGGGAGGUUGUUCCAAAAACAGUUGAAAACUUUAGGGCCCUUUGUACAGGUGAAAAAGGUGUCGGGUCCAAUGGCAAACCUCUUCACUAUAAAGGAACACCAUUCCAUCGUAUUAUCCCUGGCUUCAUGAUUCAGGGUGGUGACAUAGUUAGAGGUGACGGGAAAGGAAGUGAGUCUAUAUAUGGAGGCAUCUUCCCAGAUGAGAAUUUCACUGUGAAACAUACACAUCCAGGUGUUGUUGCUAUGGCGAAUUCUGGACUUGAUUCCAACGGAUCCCAGUUUUACAUAACUACUAUCAAGACAAGCUGGUUGGAUGGGGAGCAUGUUGUCUUUGGCAGGGUGAUCCAGGGAAUGGAUACCGUGUACGCCAUUGAAGGGGGUGCUGGGACUUACAAUGGCAAGCCGAGGAAGAAGGCGGUGAUCACUGACUCUGGUGAGAUACCCAAGGAGAAAUGGGGUGAUCAGGAAGCUUAGGCUGUUCUGCAUUCCUUGUCACCAUGCCAUCUUCAACUCAGGCGGCCAUAUACUUCUUUUUUCCUUGACCUCCAUGGUGUGCCACAGUUCAACAGGACUUCUGGAAUGUUGUAUAUCGUAGCUAGUUUAUGGCCAGUCGAACUGACUCCGAUCCCUUGAGUUGUGAAGUGGAGAUCUGAAAAGUCUUUAGCUAGCUUUGUUACCUUGAUACCUGGAUUGACAAUCUUGUGUCUGAAGUUAUUCUGCCAUAUAUAUAAGGAAGCUCGUAGCAUGUGCAUAACACUCUUGUUUA